UUGAUUUUGAUUUCCUGGAAACACAUUCAACUACUACUCAUUCUUUCUUUUUAGUUGAUUUUGAUUUUCUGGAAACACAUUCAACUACCACUCAUUCUUUUUUUUCAGUUUUUUUUCUUCAUCGCUUUUCGUUUGAAAUUGCAUUUCCGGCUUUAGAUAGCUACUAUUUAAUCGUAGUUGAUUUUGAUUUUCUAGAAACACAUUCAACUACCACUCAUUCUUUCUUUUUAGAUAAG